AUGGCUGUUGUUGAACCUCCUAAACAACUUUUAGUGCCUUUAAAAGUUAAAGAACGGUUGUUAAUGGGCCCAGGUCCUUCAAAUACCCACCAAAAGGUACUGGAUGCCUGCGUUCAGCCGAUUAUUGAUCUCUUAGACCCACGGUUUUGUGCAAUUAUGGAUGAAGUAAAGUUGGGUUUACAGUACAUUUGGCAGACGAAAAAUAAGCAUACUUUUGCGCUAAGCGGUACUGGUCAUAGUGGUAUGGAAGCUUCCAUUAUUAACAUGACAGAAAGAGGCGAGAAAAUAAUGAUUUGUGAGAAUGGAAUUUGGGGGGAGAGAGCGUCUGAUAUGGCUGAAAGAAUAGGCAAGUGUCCUCUUUGUUUAUUGGCAGAUUGCAUUUAUUUUUCGCACAGGGGUUGAAAGGGGGUUGAGGACACCUUUUUAGCAGCUAAAUUGUGACCCCUGGAGUUCAUGUGCUCACUGUUCAGUUGCUCAAAUUUAUAAGGGGCUGGUCAUAAUUUAGCAGGAGGGUUGGGGAGGUGGAAACAGUGGGGGGGGGGUCACUUUUUUAGCUAGGAAAAAGGGGGGUUCAUAAAAUAUUAGACAGUUUAUGAAGGUGGGGAGGAGGUCUGCUGUUUUAGUUCAAUUAAUUAGGUAUUAUAGUAUUGGUAUAAUAUAAAUUUUAGUAUUUAAUUUAAAGCAUGACUAGGUACAUUUUUACUGACACGAGCAAGAGAGGGGGGGGGGCAUUAUUUUUCCAGGUUAUGGCAAAGCAGGGUCACAAAAUAUCAUUCCUUAAGAUUUUGAAUUACACCUCCCCAUGGCCCACCCCCCUGAUAAAUUAUGACCAGUCCACUGGUUGAUUGUGUUAGUUAAGUUAACCCAUUGAGUGGCAGUACUUUCCCCUUUACGAGUAAAAUCGUCUGGCAUUAGACAGAGUAAAAUAAAGUAGGGUGUGUCAUGGUGCAUUGCCACUUAAAGGAUUACCAGUCAGUUUAUUGUGAACCAUUAAACUGCAAUGCCCCCUAUGCUUUCUGCAUUGUUAUUUUACUCUGUCUAAUAAUGAGGCUUUAGAUGGCUUUGUACACAAUUUCUGUUCAUUUUGACAUAUUCCUCAAUUUCUACAUAUAUAUCUGCCUGUGUAAUUUUGUUAGGUUGUGAUGUCAGAAAGAUAGAAAGACCUAUUGGUGAAGUUUUUACUUUGGAACAUAUACAAAAGGUUAUUAACAUUGACUAAUUUACACUAGAGUCAUGAGCAGAUGCUGACCUACUUGCACAAAGAAAAAUCUUUUAUCUGAAGAUUCGUCUGUAAUAGAACUGUGUUCAUAAUAUGCAAACUGACAAGUCAUAUGUUACAACAAAUUCAGGUGGUGUGUAUUCUGUCUAGAUACAGGUGAACUUGAAUUACAAACUACAAUCAAACUGCUUGCUGCAAGAAAAGUAAACUUUACUCAUCAAGGGGAGAGUGUUGCCACUCAUUGGGUUAAUCAGAGUAUCAGCUUUACCAUUUUACUUUGUCUAAUGGCAGACGAUUUCACUUGAAUUGUUGAAGGGGAGAGUGGUGACACUAUUACUGUCGAUUGUCGCUUUUCAAUGUGCGGCUCCCAAGUUCGUUGCAAACUUGCCAAUUACGUUUCCAAGUUCGAAAAUUGGGUGUGAACUUUGCAACACAGUUCACAAGCACAUUUCAGCAUUUGAACUAUUGUAAACAAAUGUUCAUAGUUAAAGUUGAAAUUAACAAUUCAAUGGAAAGAUCUUGGUCCAGUGAUCUACCAAGACGGUUUGUUUUUCGUUGAAUUGGUUAUUAUAUAUUGAGUAUGAACAUUUGUUUACAAACGAAGUUCAAACAUUGAAAUGAACUUCCAAACUUUGUUGCGAAGUUUGUGCCAAUUUUCAAACUUGGAAAUGUAAUUGGCAUGUUUGCAGUGAACUUGGGAACCGCGUGUUUAAAAGUGACUUGAAAUCGACAAUAUAAACAACAUUUUAAUUCAAUUUCAGGGAAUAGAGGAGCAUAAACCAGGCGUAGUGUUUAUCACUCAUGGAGAGUCCUCAGGCACAACAUGUCAACCUCUGGAAGGCAUUGGAAAACUUUGCCAUAAGUGAGUGCUAGUUGUUUACACACUUGAGAGUUAUAGUAAUCCAUUUAUUGAAAGUUAUUUAAACUGCUAUACACCCUAAUGCAACUGACUUCAUUUUUUUAAUCUUUCUAAUGCCAGAUGAUUUUACAGGCAGAUUUAAAGCAAACACUAGCAGUUCUGUCCACAAAUUGUUCUCCUCCUGAGUGAUGUGAUUUAAUGAAUGACAUGCAAUUUAGACUUAGAAAUGUAUACUUUGAAAAAAAAAAUGUAUACUUUAGUGCCCGAAAGAUCAAAUUCCCUACAAAAUCGCUAGUGUGAAUCAAGCUUUACGGGCAGGGGGUUACUCUUCUGAGCAGAAUAUUAUUCCAUGUAUGUCUUCUGUUAUUGAACUUUAGGCUGGUGAAUUUCGCCAGACUUUCAUUCAACCCCACCCGAAUUCGCCAGAGCUUUUACGUUUAGUCACGUCUCUAUUAUGUGUACUCGCCCAAAUUUGUAAAUUCUAUCAGUAGAAAUAAUAUCUAUUGCCAUAGCUUCAUCACCUGAUUAGCCAAGGCCUCACACAAAACUGAAAACCCUGAUCAUAUGAUACUAUAUUCAGUGAUUUCAUCUGCCAAGGAAUAUUGCAAGAUUUGUUCCCUCACUGACAAGUAAUAACUUGAAGUACAUUUUAUUGCAUGUUGAGAAUAAUAAUAAUAAUAAACUUUAUUAAAGUGUCCUGAUACAUUAUUUAGCAAUACUAUAGUAGCUAAUUGGGGACACUAUUUAUCUAUAAUAUCAAUAAAUCUAUAUAAAAAUAUAUGUAAAAAUAUUAAGUGCUGCAUAAUAUUCUGCAUUAAGUGCUGCAUAAAAUGCAGCAAUAUACAGUUAUUGUCCACCUAGCAUACAUUCAAUGUCAGUAAUUUGCAAAUCAUGUUCUUAAAUAUUGCAAGGCUGGAUGAUCGAGUUUUUAAUAUCGCUAUGCAACUUUGAUCCAACCUUCGUGUUUUAUAAUUAUAUUGCAGCAAUGAUUGUAUAUUGAUUGUGGAUAGUGUGGCGUCUCUCGGAGGAUCACCUUUGAAUGUGGACGACCUCGAAAUUGAUGUUGUAUAUAGUGGUUCACAGAAAUGCCUGGGUGCUCCACCUGGGUUAAGCCCUAUAUCACUUAGUCCUCGAGCUUGGUGAGUGAAAAUAUUUAACCUGUACAAUACGCUGAUAUUAGGGACUUUAAGAUUUACGUUUACGGCAAACUGCAAACUUCAAAUCGCAUUUGAAAGAAGGCCUACAGUUUUGACAACUAAGAGUAGCUAUUUCAUGCUCCAAUUAUAGUGUGCAAGUUGCCCUAACUUCGAACAGCUAACAGUUGACUUCAAAUUACAAUCUGAAGUUUGCUGUUUGCAGUUUGCUGUGAAUGUCAAUUUUAAAGUCCCUUUUGUUUGUGUCUGAACUACCUGAAAAAGAUAUCUCAAACGUGGUGGUCCAGUGUAGGUAGUAUUCUACAAUAAGCUGUUGUGGUUUGUGUCUGAACUACCUGAAAAAGAUAUCUCAAACGUGUUGGUCCAGUGUAGGUAGUAUUCUUCAAUAAGCUGUCGUGGUUUGUGUCUGAACUACCUGAAAAAGAUAUCUCAAACGUGGUGGUCCAGUGUAGGUAGUAUUCUACAGUAAGCUGUCGUGGUUUGGGUCUGAACUACCUGAAAAAGAUAUCUCAAACGUGGUGGUCCAGUGUAGGUAGUAUUCUACAAUAAGCUGUCGUGGUUUGUGUAUGGUAGUAUUCUGUGUUUUGCCGUGGUUUGUGUUUGAAAAAAGAUACACUUUCACGUUUUGUGCAAAGGUUUGAAUGCGCCGCCCCACUUUCUUAUUUUACUCUGUCUAAUUGGCUUUGAUGAUUUUAAAAGAUAGUUGUUAAAUAUUUCACAGGAAGAAAUUACAAUCAAGAAACACAAAGGUUCCAUCAUUUUAUUUUGAUCUCACGAUGAUCGCAAACUAUUGGGGAUGUGACGAUGGACCACGCAGGUAAAAAUUAUCACAGAGUGUGGUUAGAUCACUACCCCGAUCCCCUGUAGCUCACAAGAUUUAUCUACAUACAGCAUGUUAGGAUAUAGGGUGACUUCACUGGACAGACUUUAUUUGCUUCAAAUUUCAUAUUUGUGGAGUAUGGUUGGUCAGUUCAAGAGAGUAAACAAGCGUUCUGUCUUUCUAAUAUGCAAUGUUCAUCAUAUCAUUUAGUUUUUAUUCCUGUUUUCCUAUAGAUAUCAUCACACUGCACCAAUUAACUCUGUUUAUGCUUUGCGAGAGGCUCUUUCAUUGGUCGUUGAGGAGGUUGGUUUGGGGAGAUAUGAUAUAAACAGUGUCAUGUCUUGCUCAGUUUGUAAGUAUAAUCGGACAUUUUCAUCGGAUUUUAGGGUCUUGAAAAUUUCAUUGCAAGACAUCAGAAAAAUGCUGAACUUUUGCAAGAUGGCUUUGAGAAAAUGGGACUUACAUUUUUCGUUCAGGAUAAGGUAAUACCAAAGAGAUAUUGGUUAAGCCCCCCUUAGAACCUCUCUAACCCUCUUAUAAAGUGUUCAACCCCAUCAAAAUUUCCCUUCACUCUUCCUAUUUUGUGUGAAAGUCUUUAACCCUAACGCCUAACCCCUGUAAAAAGCUCGCACAGUGGUGCCGCUUGCACCCCACUAGACAUUUUUCCAUCCUCCUUUAAAAAAAUGAAAAUCCGCCCUUGGAUACAAAUGCUUUAAAAUGAUCUCUUUUUUUUAGCGUCAUCGUUUGCCCACCAUCACUGGUGUGGUCAUUCCACAAGGUGUUGACCAGAAAAAUGUUCCAGCAUUCAUUGGCGAAAAGUAUGUAAACUACUGUAACCUUAUUUAUACUGGAUAGCUCUAUCAGUUCUAAACUGUUCUUCUUAGAGUUCCAGUAAGGAUCAUCUCUUAUUGAUCCAGUGUUACUACAGGAGGAAACCUAAACUAAACUAACUUAAUUUAUACUGGACAUCUCUAUCAGUUCUAAACUGUUCUUCCUAGAGGUCCAGUAAGGAUCAUCUCUUAUUGAUCCAGUGUUACUACAGGAGGAAACCUAAACUAAACUAACUUUAUUUAUACUGGAUAGCUCUAUCAGUUCUAAACUGUUCUCCCUAGAGAUGCAAUUGUUAAUCAUGCAUUGAAAUUAAUUAAUGUCUAAUCUUUCUUCAGGUAUAACAUGGAUAUUGCAGGCGGUCUAGGGAAGUCUGCAGGCAAG